UAGAUAUACUUUUUUUAUAAAUAGGUUUGACAAAUAACCGUUAUCAUUUACCAGCAUGUCAGUGAUAAUAUAGUCUUUAUCACAAUUCGUGGUUGAAGACGUUGCAAAUUGGAAAUUUGGUGUUUAUGUACAAAGCAUGACUAUGUCUUUAACUGAAAAAAAAAAUUUGAUUGUUCGCAAUCUUCAAGAAGUACUAGGAGAUGAGAAAAUCGAUGCAAUUCUUAAAGAAAGAGAUCUUAAAAUAUAUUGGGGUACUGCUACAACAGGAAGACCACAUAUUGCAUAUUUUGUUCCUAUAUCCAAAAUUGCAGAUUAUUUGAAAGCUGGAUGUGAAGUUAAAAUUUUAUUUGCUGACUUGCAUGCAUAUUUGGAUAACAUGAAAGCUCCAUGGGAACUUCUAGAACUCAGGGUGCAAUAUUAUGAACACUCAAUUAAAGCUAUGUUAACUUCAAUAGGUGUUCCUUUAGAUAAGUUAAAAUUUGUGCGUGGUACAGAAUAUCAGCUUUCCAAAGAAUAUACAAUGGAUGUAUAUCGUUUAAGUUCUUGUAUUACUGAACAUGACGCUAAAAAAGCUGGUGCUGAAGUUGUAAAACAAGUAGAAAAUCCACUGUUGUCAGGAUUGCUGUAUCCAGGGUUGCAAGCUUUAGAUGAGGAAUACCUGAAAGUCGAUGCACAAUUUGGCGGAGUUGAUCAACGUAAAAUAUUUACUUUGUCAGAAAAAUACUUACCUCAAAUGGGAUAUACUAAAAGAAUACAUCUUAUGAAUCCGAUGGUUCCUGGUUUAGCUGGUGGUAAAAUGUCAUCAUCAGAAGAAGAUAGUAAAAUAGAUCUUCUUGAUACUCCAGCAACUGUAAAAAAAAAGCUAAAAAAAGCCUUUUGUGAACCAGGAAAUGUGGCUGAUAAUGGACUUUUAGCAUUUGCUAAACAUGUGAUAUUUGGUCUUUUCAAACCUGAUGAAAAAUUUAAAGUAUCAAGAAACGAAUCUAAUGGUGGUGAUUUGAAUUUUGGAACCUAUGAAGAACUUGAAUUGUGUUUUGCUGAACAAAAGUUGCAUCCAGCUGAUUUAAAAUCUUCUAUUGAAUUUUACAUUAACAGAUUACUUGAUCCAAUCCGAAAAAUAUUUGAAAAACCAGAACUUCAGCAACUUGUUACAAAAGCUUAUCCACCUCCUGUAAAAGCUACAAAAGUUUCUCAAAAAAAUGGGAUCAAUCAAGAAACUGAUGAGGUGUUACCCUCUCGAUUAGAUAUACGUGUUGGUAAAAUAAUUGAAAUAUCUUUACAUCCAGAUGCUGAUUCAUUGUACGUUGAAAAAAUUGAUAUAGGUGAACAAGAACCACGUACUAUAGUUAGUGGUUUAGUCAAGUUUGUUUCAAUUGAAGAAAUGAAAAAUAGAAACGUUGUUGUAUUGUGUAAUUUAAAACCAGCAAAAAUGAGAGGUGUGGAAUCUUGUGGAAUGGUUCUUUGUGCUACUAACGAGCUAGAUGGAGUAAAAUUUGUUGAACCCUUGGAACCAUCAGAAGAUAGUAAACCGGGUGAUAGAGUAAUAAUUGAAAGUUAUGAACAGGGUGAACCUGAUAAGAUAUUAAACCCUAAAAAGAAAAUUUGGGAAAAAUUACAGGUUGAUUUAAAAAUGUCUGACAAUUGUGAAGCACAAUGGCAGUCAAAUUACUUAAUUACAAAGUAUGGUAAAAUAAAAUGUAAAUCAUUAAAAGGAGCACAUAUUUCUUGAUGUAUUAAUUUUUGUAAAUUUAAAAUUAUUUUAUUUCCAAUAUAAAAUUUAACAAAAAAAAUUA